UGGUUGUGAUUGCAAUGCAAAUAAUUAUAAGAGAUAUAUCGUUUUGUAGGAUCAAAUAUAAGUUACAUAUUGUCAAGUUCGAAAUUAGUGUUAAUAAUUAUUGGAAUUAGCUUUAGAAGAGAUAUAGUAUAUCAGAACAAUAUUUUUUUUCAAAUUAAAUCCAUGAAAUCAGUUAUCUUUAUAGCAUGUAUACCACUAUCUUUAUGAGAGUCAAUCGACUGCAAACUACAAAGCAGAACAUAUUCGUCUUUCCGCUUUGAUUAGUUUUAUGUAUUCAAUUACAAGAUGACGAAACUUCUGUUACACUUUUGUUCUGUUAUAUAACAAAUUUUAAAUAUACACAAUUUUAAAGAUACAAACAACCGAGAGGAAUCAAAUAGUACAGAUGUAAUUAAUUGUACGAUGUAUGAUUAGUCGUGGUGUGAAUUAACCGUAGCAGAGUGGCAAAUGUACAUGAUGAGUUAUGAUCUUCAGGUCUGAUUCGAUGAACGAAUACUGCUCGCGCGCUUUGCGAAAACUGCAUUUAUGGCUUCUGGCAUUGCGCUGUAUCGAUCCGCAUUGUGAGCGUUGAUGAAUUGAUUGCAUACAGCCGAAUUUAGCACGGUGAAUGGUUACGUAUUAUGUGAAUUAAAGCAGGACGUGUGAGUUCGAUAGUUGAUUGCUAUGCACCUCGAUAUCAGUCGUUCUCGAGGCAAGUGCGAAGCCACGCGUACAACUAUUACAUUAUGGCAUUGAUCAAUGUUAUGCAUUUACCGAUAUUGUGCACCACCAUAGCGGUGAUUACGGCCCACCAAGUAAAAAUACCAGAGCAAGAACAAUCGUCAGGAACAAUCGUCCACAACAAAAAUGUGAAUAUCAUCGUGAAUGUGGAUACGAAGGCUCUGGCUGAGGAAUUAUGGAAACUCAUAGAGAUUCAUUUAACUAAUAUCAGCGAUGUUAGCAGCCAGCAAAAAAUAAUAGAGAACCUCGAAAAGGCCAUAACACCUUUGAUAUCGCCCACCACCGCCAGGAAAAGCAUGUCGUCUACAUACCAAGUAGCAACUGAGCUCGAUCAGAUUACCCGAAAUGCACUAAAUACAUAUUUUCCGGCUACAAACAUAUUAGACAAAGAGAUCAUGACAAGAGACAUCGUAGCAAAUAUGAUGUCUAGCAUAAAAGCGUUUCUCUUGAAAACAUUGAAAAAUCAAAUUUUUCCAAAGCUGGUAAUUUUAUUGUCACAAUAUGGUGACACGUCAAAAUCUCAAUAUUUGGCGUCCAUUCUGGCAACUUUAGAACGCAUUGAGGAUGUCUUCAAGCAAGCCCAGCAAAACAGUGAAUUCGGUUGCGUCAUUCCUUGCAAGUUACUUAACUCUGCCUUGGAUGUGCCAAAAUUACCUAGAAAACAGAUUCAGGCAAACUUGAAAAAACAACUCCCAUCUGCCCAAGUUGACAGUCUUGCCUUCCGAAGAUCGCUAUUGUCGAAUCAAGAUGUUGAUAAUAUGAACGCUAAUAUAAAUAUCAAUGGCAUUCAUCCGUUUGAAGGCAGACGCAAUUUCGAUAAUAGCGUACUAACUUCAAACAAAAUGAAAAUCGCCAAUCAGAACGUCAAUAUGUGGGACUCAUAUGAAAAUCAGUCAAAGAAUGAAGGGUUCGAAAAUGAUGUGUGAGCCGCAAACAAAGUUUAAGAAAAUCGUUAAAUUAAUCUAAACAUUGCUGCAUGUGAAUGUGACUUCAAUAAUAUUAUCUGUAUAUGCUAAUAAUCUAUAUACACUAAUAAAAUUAAUAAACGAAUAGAAAUAAAAUGUUUAUUCUUGUAUCUUUCCCCAAUAAAUAUAAAUACACUAAAUUGUAUUAAACUUGUUAAUUGUAAACAUCGUUUAAACAUUAUAUUGCUAUUCAAAUGUUUAUAAUUACUGAUAUAUUGAUAUUAAAGAUAUAAUAAAUAUUUAUCAGAAUUUACUUACUAUUAGUAGAAAGGAAAAUUGGAAUGUGUGUUUAAAAAUAAUUGUAUUCCAGUCAGAGUAUGUAAUCAUGGCACCUGCCGUUUAUUAAAAACAAAUUCGAUAGUAAUUAUAUAAUUACAAACAAUAAUAAUGACAGUAUAAUUGUAAAAUAUACUCGAUCUAACAUUUUUAUAACGCGCUUGUAGAAUCAGUCUUAACCCUCGGAUUACUAAACGUAUUUGUUCGCAACGUACAUUAUCCCGUUCAUCUAUUUCUCGACUGUACCAGUUUCUAGUCAGAAAAAUAAAUAUAUAUUUAGGGCUACCAUCUCCUCUUUUUUCUAUCUUUCUCUGUCUCCCUCUCUCUCUGAGCUUUUUCUUUGUCGCGUUUAAGACAAUUUAAACAACCAAUAACCCGAGGGCUAAUUAAAUUAUGAGACGUGCUAUAGAGGUAUGUUACAGUGAUGCAGGAGUUUCGUUUACGUAAUCGAAAAAUUGACUUUUGCAUCUUCAGAAACAAAACAUCAUUGACUGACGAUGUCUCGGUGCUUACACUUUCGAGGAUUUUCUCUUUCCGUUGCUCCAUGCACCUUCAGGUUCCCGCACUUAAAUUUACAUAUAUGUAUGUGUAUGUACAUGCACGCGCACAUCUGUAUAUGUAUAUAUAUAUUUAUUUAUUAUUAUAUUUAUGAUAUAUAAUUAUCUAUUCGUUAGGCGCACUCCACAGAAACGAGCUGGCCCAUCCGCGACUUUGAAUAAAAAAUAAAUGAUCCUUGUUCGUUUCGUCGGAGUGCUGAGAUCUACUGAGGAUGUCGAGUGACAGUCUCUCGUCUUUUGCGACGUAAAACUAGUAAAGUUGGAUAAAGCACUGGCACAGUUUAUGGUAUGUACUCUAGGUUUCACUUUUAUAAAGACGUAUAUAUAGAUUUUUUAUUUUGUUUCUCGUUAUUUAUUGCAUUUUCUCUAGGUCUUGCAACGUGUUAUAAAUAAUUCAACGUGUUAUAUCAUAUUUAUCGUAGAAGUAUAUAACUUCCUUGUUUAACCCUCUAAUGGAUUAUCAAGAUUUUAACUGGGAUUUUGAUUAUUUGCGGUGCACGAUCAACCAAAACAUCAUCUCAAUGGAGUUUAACAGUUUUAAAUAAAUAACGUGCAUUUUGAAAUUUAUUUUGAUCAUUUGAAGUCACUAGAGGGUUAAUAGUUUGUACAUUCUUCUAUACUAUGUAUAUCACUAUUUAUCUUUUGUAACACAAAAUUAUAAAAAUUUAUAUGUAUAGUAGUAUUAAACAAAAUAAUUUAAUAUACGUAAAAACGAGAUCUGGAAAGUUCAUCGAGAUAAAAAUCUGAUAAAUUUGUGCAAAUUUUCUUUUUGAGUUAUAUCGUUGAGAUAUUUUCUCUCUCACAGGUACUAUAGAUCUCAUUAAAAACUGAGAUAUAGAUCAUUCUACUUCCACAUACUUUACUCUAUUUGAGAAGUGCAAUUGAAGUUAACAAUUUUGUGAAAUGCCCAUGAAUUUUU